UCGUCCAUCUCCAUGAUCGCGCCUCCUCCCUCCCCCCCUUCACUAGCCUAGCUAGCUCAUGCCUCCGCGGCCGGACCAACGACGAUUCGCUCACGCGCUCCUCCCUCUCCUUGCGUGGCUAUGCGGCAUUGCAGUUGCUCUUAGCCUGCGCUAUGGUUACUACGGCAACCACAAGCUCGUGCUGGGGCGCAACACCUCUCGAAUGAUCAGGACCAGUUCCCUCUUCGUCAAGCAACUGAAAGCCCAAGGCGAAGCCAAGCAGGGAGUCUUGCUUUAUGGAUUCAACGAAAAGCCGCAGCUCAGCUCGGAAAACAAUUGGACCCUCGCCAAUUAUUUGUUUGUGGAUGCUUACGAUCGCAAGGGAGUCUCUUUGUGGUUGAACACGGGCUCUAGAGUUUGGUUGGAAUGGAGAGUGUCGAAUGGUGGUGAUAGUUACACAGACAUGCUUGUGAUUUUAAUCAAAGGAGAACAAAACUUGGAGAAGCCGGAGAGAUUUUCCACAAGCUCCCAUAACAAUCUAAGAAAUUCUAGGAAUGGUUCCAAAGAAGAAUAUAUUAUCUCUGAGGACAGUACGUAUUAUCUUGGUGUCAUCAAUUUAACACCUCGGAGCGUUAUUAUGAACAUGAGUAUAACAGUAGCAUCAAAAGUUUAUGACACCAGUAAGGCAACAAGCGUCUGCUCGACAAGUAGGGGUGCCUGCAAGCUUAAGCUUCCGUUUCCCAAUACUCGAUAUUAUGUUUUGACAACGUCAGGCGAUGAGGUUACCAACAUUGAGGUAUCAUUCAUAGCCAGAUUGACUGCCUAUUUCAUAAUCACAGUCAUUAUAGUGGUCAUCCUUUCGAUACUACUGAAGUAUCUUGGGGCAUUUCGGCCUGAGCAGCCUAGGCAGGAGUAUCAAGUUGCUGAGAUAGAUACCGAGACAGACCCCAUCGUUCCGAGGAAGGUGGUGGCUUGUGCUUAUGGGGCGACUGAAGAGGAGCCUGAAUCGAGUGUGUGUUGCUCCUCAGAGGACUUGUAUGACGGGAAGAUUUGCGUGAUCUGCUACGAUGUGAGACGCAAUUGCUUCUUCACUCCUUGUGGGCACUGCGUUGCUUGCUACUCCUGCGCACAGAGGAUCAUGGAGGAAGAUAAAAAGGUUUGUCCAAUCUGCAGAAGAUUUAUUCACAAAGCAAAAAGGUUGCCGAGUUCAUAGCAUGAGCAAUCAUGGAGCUUGUUUACGUGUAUGCACAUGCACAUUGAGCCUCGAUGAAGAUCUAUUUUUGGUUGUUGGUGUUCAACAAGAUACCAUACGUAUAUAUCAGAUGAAUUGGUUUGAUGCUAACAAAAGCAUUGCAUUAGAGCUUAUUUCUAAGAAUUGGUGCAAUAUCAAUAAAACAAUUGCAUUGAAAC